AGAGAGUCUAGGAUUCCUGCAAUCUUACUUUACUUGCUUGCUUGCUCUUAUACUUCACGAUCUCUCUCUCUUCCUCUUCCAGUUCUUAUUUCACUGUUAGUUACUGCAUCACCACUGCUCCAUCCACACCGGGCGCUCCACUGAACCUUCUGAGAACGCCUGCUUCAAGUCAAAUCAACAAUUACGUACACCGUGAUUCCCGGUGUGUCCUUUUAUCGGAUUCUCUCUCUAGGUAAUCUUCCCAAAUCCCCAUUGUCGUCUGUCUGGUCCAGGUCUUGGCGUUUCCAGUCCCCGCGAUCCUCCAACACGCACUCCAUGUCCUUCAUCUGGACAGGGAUUGUGCGAAGAUCCCCCAUAUAUCUCUCUGCGCAAUGGGAUGAAUUGGCAAUGAGCCCUGCGCUCGCCGCCAUAGCCGCUGGGCUGAUCUUUUCCCCACGCCAACUGUGCCUUGGCCAGAUGUAGCGCUGCAACCCCCUAUUCGUGUUACGCAGAAUCCGUGUCGCCAAUGGCCUCUCUGCCUAUUCCGAGGCGAUGUCAGGGGGCCUCUUAUUUUGUGCAUUCCCUGAUGGUGCUUGUUCUGUCCUCUUCUGUUUGAACAUGUAACAUUUGCGCUCUGUCGAACGUCUGAAGAUGAUGGCUGAAUACGAACAUCCAGUGCAGGCUCCCUUCUUCACCCAAAAAGCCGCGACGAGCUUCUACGACGACUUUCUACCGCUUUGGGCGCGAAGUGAGGUCCAAUACGCGCAGAACCUCCUGGAGUGCUCAGACGAGCCGAUCGAGUACGACUACGACGACGAAGACUAUCAAGAUAACUGCUUCUUCUUCCCGGAAGAUUGCACCUGGUCUCCUCCCAAGGGCUGGACCAUUGACGAGAGUAGACCAGCGAGUCCUGCGAGAAGGAUAAGAGGAACAGCAUACGACAACGCCGAAGACGACACCAUGAUUCCCGGUCUACCUGAUGUGAAGAUGCUGGACUCGGAGGCCCUCAGCGACCUGCUGGAGGAUAACCUCUCUCCGCCCGAGAUCACUUCUAUUCUAGUGUUCGCUACGAACGGAGCUCUCUUCGCAUACGCCUCUCCACUCCCAACCCGCCAGUUGCGCAACCUGAGUGCGACCUACGGCGCCGCAUAUACAAGCUAUGCAAAGAAUGCAUCAACCGGGAAUCUAACAGGGGUAAACCCUGCAAGCCAUCCAUCAUCAUACGUGACGGCACAAUCGACCUCCUUGGGCGAUGUAGGAUCCAUCGUGUUCGAGCUGGACGGACUGGUCGCCGUGGUCACGAAAAUAGCAGACAAGGUUCUCCUUGGGGCUGUUGGGCCAUCGAAGCUAGAGAUACCAGAAGAGGAGCCUGCUCCACCCACCCUUACGGGUAACGGCCCGGUUGGGUCAACGCCCAGCGGUCUCAAAAUGACGACAACGACCAACGGCAUGCAACAGCACUCCCCGAAGGUCGAAGGUCCUAGUCACGAGACGCACACGCAGAACGAGAACGGGCACCACUGUCCCGACCCAGAUGCGGAGCUAGAAGUGCAAUAUGCAAUUGACAGAAGCUCCGACCUGGCUCGUCUAGCAGCCUUAAACCUGUCAGCGUCGCCGGCCAUUCUGCUAGCGCUAGAAUCCAAAUCCGCGGCUCUAGGAAGGUUUCUGGGGCAGAAGUUGGAGGAUUUGGAAUUUCCCGAGGAUUUCUAGUCUUGGAGUUCUCUAGUUAAUUCACUUCACUCCUCUUUAUCAAUGCCUGUAGUCUCGUACACUGUACUUCAAACCUAGCAGCGUAGUGUCGGACGUUGGAGAUCAACAGGAGAGUAAUCAGAGUCCAUCCCCGUCUCAGUCAAGAACAUCGAAUCGACUUCCUAAUAAAGUUAAAUGGUAAAUAGUAGAUAAGCAUAU